CCCCGCCCUAGCAGGCGGCAAAGGCGGGGAUCGUGUAGCUAGGCUGGGCGCGGAGGAGCCAUGGGGUCGGCGGCUGAGCUGCUGCCGCCGUUAAGGGAAUGUGAACGGGAAACGGGGACGGUGUCCGCCCGGUACCAGCAGCGCCCAGAGGAGCAGGUCCAGCAAGAACAAAGAAACCAUACUGCAGAACCUGUAGUAGAUGACUAUAAGAAGAUGGGGACUCUCUUUGGUGAACUAAACAAAAGCCUAAUCAGAAUAGGCUUCACAAGGAUGUACUUUGGAGAACGGAUAGUAGAACCUGUAAUAAUUAUUUUCUUCUGGGUAAUGCUCUGGUUCCUUGGCCUACAAGCCCUUGGACUGGUUGCUGUUCUGUGCCUUGUCAUUAUUUAUGUACAACAGUAAAAUUUUGCAGACUGUUUGGAUUAGGUAUUUCAAUACUAUCACUAUGUCAGUGGAUUUAUGUGUUUCAGUAAAGAGGUGGCACGUCAAAAGCUGCAAUGCUUCAAAUUGCAUUUUGCUGAACUUCCAAUGUUUGGGAUGAGGAGGACUAAAAUUAUGCAUUUUAAGCAAAGUCAGCAGUGUAGUACUACAUCUCUGAAGGCCAAAAAAAGGUGGUGUUUGUAAUGUAGUGGUGGCCAGUGUGCUGUUUCCUGCACUCCUGGUGCCUGAGUCCAAGGACUGGCUUUUUGUUUUCCCUGCCUCCCUCAAUGUUCUUGCUUUGUAUAGUGAAAAUUUCCUCUCUGGUUUUAAGAGACUACAUGAUGCAAGUGUCCUGUUUCACUGUGGGGGUGAGGGUUUAUGUGAUGUUUGUUCCCUGAAUCUGCACAAUUUGGCAGUUUUUUGCUGAAAAGCUGCCAGGGGGAAAGGAGGGGAGGUUUGCUAACAAACCUACAAUGACAAACAUUCCUAAGGUGAAUUCAACUUCCCAGCACAAAAGCAUCUUUGGUUAGUGUAGUUUCUAGUAAGCCUUCCCCCCAGGAAACAAUCUAUGCCAGCAAAAUGUUUUUAUACUAAUAUUAGUGACUUCACACAAAGCUUCAGCUGUUAUUCAGGGGGAAUGACAGUCCUCUAUUGGUCAAAUAGUCCAUAGUCAAUAGAUCUGCCUUGGUUUUGGAAAUGGACUCAGCUCCUGCUGUUUUUGUUUUCAUACUUAGUCUUUUCCUCAGCCCUCCUUCUGAAGAUAAAUAUUUGGAUAAUUCAUGGACUUUGCAGGCAGUUAGAGCUGCAGUGCUGGAGUGUUGCCGUUCCAGACGUCUCUGCUUCCUCUGGGUCCUGUGUUGCGUGUCUGAGCAAAGCACAUGGGUAUCAGACCAGAUCUCUCAACGCUUCUCUGAUCUGCUGCAAUCUGGACCCAACGGAGCUAGGAGCUUUGCAUGCGUAAGCAAUUCCCCAUGCAGGGCAAGAAACUAGUUGAAAUCAGGUGGCUGGUUGACUUACUUAGUACUCUUAACUGAUUCAUUUCUACACUUGGCAACAAAAAUGUGUGUCUGUAGUUGCGU